AGAGCAAGUGAAGAUGGCGGACGUGUUGAGUGUCCUGCGUCAGUAUAACAUCCAGAAAAAAGAAAUCGUCGCCAAGGGAGAUGAAGUUAUCUUCGGCGAAUUCUCCUGGCCCAAAAAUGUGAAAACGAACUAUGUCAUCUGGGGGACAGGGAAGGAGGGUCAACCCAAAGAAUACUACACUUUGGAUUCCAUCUUGUUCCUGCUGAACAAUGUGCAUCUCCCUCACCCUUCCUAUGUGCGGAGGGCUGCAACAGAGAACAUUCCUGUGGUGAGAAGACCUGACAGAAAAGAUCUUCUGGCCUAUCUAAAUGGCGAAAGUUCUACAUCUGCAAGUAUUGACAGAAGCGCACCUAUUGAGAUUGGUUUGCAAAGACCAACACAAGUUAAAAGAGCAGCAGACGACGCAUCAUCAGAGGCAAAAAAGCCAAGGAUAGAGGAUGAAGAGCGAGUGCGUCUUGACAAGGAGCGGUUGGCAGCCCGUUUGGAGGGGCACAAGGAAGGCAUUGUGCAAACAGAUCAGAUUAGGUCUUUGUCAGAAGCCAUGUCCGUUGAAAAGAUUGCUGCCAUCAAAGCCAAGAUUAUGGCCAAGAAAAGGUCAACAAUCAAAACUGACUUGGACGAUGAUAUUACUGCACUGAAACAGAGAAGUUUUGUGGAUGCCGAGGUGGACACGACUCGAGACAUUGUCAGCAGGGAGAGAGUAUGGCGAACAAGGACAACAAUUUUACAAAGCAGUGGAAAGAACUUUGCCAAGAACAUCUUUGCAAUUCUCCAGUCUGUGAAAGCCAGAGAAGAGGGACGUGCUCCUGAACAGAGACCAACACAGAAUGCAACCCAGGCGGAUCCUUCCUUAAGAAACAAACAACCGGUGCCCGCUGCUUACAACAGAUAUGAUCAGGAAAGAUUCAAAGGGAAAGAAGAAACUGAGGGUUUCAAGAUUGAUACCAUGGGUACUUACCACGGCAUGACCUUGAAGUCUGUGACGGAAGGGGCUUCAGCCAGGAAAGCACAGACACCAGCAGUUCAGCCUGUUCCAAGACCAGUUUCUCAGGCCAGACCUCCUCCAAACCAAAAGAAGGGCUCACGAACCCCUAUCGUCAUCAUCCCUGCUGCCACUACUUCAUUAAUUACCAUGCUAAAUGCAAAGGAUCUUUUGCAGGAUCUAAAGUUUGUAACAUCUGAGGAAAAGAAGAAGCAAGGCUUUCAGCGGGAAAACGAAGUCUUGCUCCAGAGGCGAAAGGAUGUGGUCCAGCCUGGUGGGACCAACCUCAGUGUAACAGUACCUUACAGGGUGAUAGACCAACCCCUCAAGCUUGCGCCCCAAGACUGGGAUCGAGUUGUGGCAGUAUUUGUGCAGGGUCCUGCUUGGCAGUUCAAGGGCUGGCCAUGGGUCCUGCCUGACGGGUCACCUGUUGAUAUAUUUGCAAAAAUCAGAGCAUUCCACCUCAAGUAUGAUGAGGUAAAGGUGGAUCCCAACGUACAGAAGUGGGAUGUGACAGUGUUGGAACUAAGCCAUCACAAAAGGCAUUUGGACAGACCUAUUUUCUUGCGUUUCUGGGAGACACUGGACAGGUACAUGGUGAAGCACAAAUCCCACUUGAGAUUCUGAGUCUACAGUCUGUCACUGAUUUUUCUGGUGGUUGGAUUAAGAAAUAUGAACGUUUUAACCUGCGUGUCCAAGAACUGUCAGGAGCUUCAUCAGACAAGAGCAGCUUGCAUCCACUCAAACCUGUUUGUUGAAGGAUAUUCUGUGCUGGCAAAAUGAUCUGUGUCUGCCUUAGCUUGAAGUAAACAUUUUUGUGGGUUUUUUCCAGUUUUUAUCAGACCUUAGGCUGUCAUCUAGCAAGCAUACCAAAAGGGUGUAUUUUUGUAGCUGUUCGUUUUGUUUUCAUUCAGGAAGAAAUCCCUGCAUGUGUUUUAUUCCCCCCCCCCCCCAAAGUUUUUUUUUUCCUUUCAAAUUGAGUGGAAAUAAAUAAUUAAAUAAAUAUUGGUCAUUUAUAUGAUGAUACCACUUGUUGCAGGUUUUUUUUUUUUUUUUAGGUAAACAUUAGUUCUUUUGUAAUGAAUGUACAUUAGUAGUGUCCAACAUUAUGGCCUUAAAAUCUCAGACCUGUCCAUUGACGGUCAAACUUGAUAGCCAUAGAAGUGAAUAAGGGACAACACCCAUCUUCAAGUCUCAAAAUAUGUGAAGAACUCUUCUCAGAUGAUACCACUGGAUUCUUGACUAUUUAGGCAAUUUGAUUGAACCAAAAUCAGUUUGUGUUAUGAAUUAACAGGAAAUGGUGAAAUAAAACAUUUACUUAGUUUA